CAGUUGCUGUGAGUGAGCUAAGAAUGGUAAUGCAGUUUCAGGGGCUAGAAAAUCCAAUUCAGAGUAGUCUUCAUCACAGCUGCACACCACCAGCAUUUCUCACGGACACGAUGAGCUUGAAGCCCACUAAAGGUGUACUAACAGAACAAGUGGCAGGUCCCCUGGGACAGAAUCCAGAAGUGGAACCGUACUCACAAUACAACAAUGCUCAGUUUCCCCAAGUUCAACCACAGAUUUCCUCAUCACCCUAUUAUUCCAACCUGGGCUUCUACCCCCAGCAGCCUGAAGAGUGGUACUCUCCUGGAAUAUACGAGCUCAGGCGCAUGCCAGCGGAGGCUCUCUAUCAGGCAGAGGUGGAGGUAGCAGAGAUGCCCGUCACCAAGAAGCCCCGGAUGGGCACGUCUGCUGGGAGGAUCAAAGGGGAUGAGCUGUGUGUUGUCUGUGGAGACAGGGCAUCUGGAUACCACUACAAUGCACUGACCUGCGAGGGGUGCAAAGGUUUCUUCAGGAGAAGCAUCACCAAAAACGCCGUGUACAAGUGUAAAAAUGGGGGCAACUGUGUGAUGGACAUGUACAUGCGAAGAAAGUGUCAAGAGUGCCGACUAAGGAAAUGCAAAGAGAUGGGAAUGUUGGCUGAAUGUAUGUAUACAGGCUUGUUAACAGAAAUUCAGUGUAAAUCUAAACGACUGAGAAAAAACGUGAAGCAGCAUGCUGAUCACACCAUUAACGAAGACAGUGAAGGUCGUGAUUUGCGACAAGUGACCUCAACAACAAAGACAUGCAGGGAGAAAACUGAACUCACCCCCGAGCAACAGACUCUUCUACAUUAUAUUAUGGAUUCAUACAGCAAACAGAGGAUGCCUCAGGAAAUAACAAAUAAAAUUUUAAAAGAAGAAUUCAGUGCAGAAGAAAACUUUCUGAUUUUAACAGAAAUGGCUACCAAUCAUGUACAGAUUCUUGUGGAAUUCACAAAAAAGCUGCCAGGAUUUCAGACUUUGGACCAUGAGGAUCAGAUUGCUUUGCUGAAAGGGUCUGCAGUUGAAGCUAUGUUUCUCCGUUCAGCUGAGAUUUUCAACAAGAAGCUUCCAGCUGGACAUGUUGACCUGUUGGAAGAAAGAAUUCGAAAGAGUGGUAUCUCUGAUGAAUACAUAACACCGAUGUUUAGCUUUUAUAAAAGUAUUGGGGAAUUGAAAAUGACUCAAGAAGAAUAUGCUCUGCUUACAGCAAUUGUUAUCCUCUCUCCAGACAGACAAUACAUAAAGGACAGAGAGGCCGUGGAGAAGCUUCAGGAACCUCUGCUUGAUGUGCUCCAGAAGCUGUGUAAGAUUCACCAGCCCGAGAACCCCCAGCAUUUCGCCUGCCUCCUGGGCCGCCUGACGGAACUGCGGACGUUCAAUCACCACCAUGCCGAGAUGCUGAUGUCGUGGAGGGUGAACGACCACAAGUUCACCCCGCUUCUCUGCGAGAUCUGGGAUGUGCAGUGAUGAGCCCCGCAGGGGAGGGCCUGGCUCCGUGCCUCCUCGUCAUAUGAAUCUGAUGUACAACUCUCCUUUAUUCCAUUUGAACCUGGUCUCACUCGAGAAAUCCUGGCGAAUAUUUAUGUUGUAAUUACACGUGUAACUUCCACACCUGUAACUACGGGCUAGAUAGAGCUGCUUUCUCUGCACUGUAUGUCACAAGGCUUCAGGGACCUACGUUCUGACUGGCAUGCCCGGCCUGCCUCGCUAGAUCGACUGCUGCUUCAAUUCUAUCUGUCAGACGAGGAAGAAUCUCAUUUUGUUUUUCAUCUUACCACAUUACGUAUAUUUUAUUAAAGAGUUGUAUUCAGUUUUGGCAAUAAACCAAACAUAAUGGCCACAGG